AUGAUAAAUUUACCUGUUGAUGUUGAUGUUUAGAUGAUCUAAAAAAAUAAGCUAUUUUAAAAAUUCCUUUAAUAGCAAUAGCAAGAAACAUAAUAAAAACCUUAAAUUUAAUAAAAAAUACACAAUAAAUCAUAUCCUGACUCUAUUGAGGAUUAGAAAUAUUCUUAAGAGAAAAUGGAAGAGAGUUCCAUCUAUUAAGAUUUUGCUAAUUUUGCUAAAGCUACUAAUUAUAAGCAACAAUCACCAUAAAAUUAUUAUAAGCAAUAAUAACAAUAAAUUUCAUCAUCGAAUUAAAAUUCCGGAAAUACUUUGAAUUAAGAAAUUAAGGAUUUGUAAUUUAGGAAUAAAUCCUUAUUACAAUAAAAUUCAAUUUUACAAUAACAACUGAUAGAUCUAUAAUAAUCUAUUCAUAGAUAAACGAUUGAUUUAGAUUUAUAGAAAAAUGAGAUUUUGAAUUAAAAAAGAGUUGUCUAAGAAUAAUAAAUAGAGAUUGAGUAAUUAAGAAGGUAAUUGUAAGAGAAGAGAAACAGUAGUUUAGAAAAAACUCGAUAAUUCACAAUAGUCCAAACUUAAUUGAUUUAAUCAAAUCAAAUGGUAGAAAAACUAAUUUCAUAAUUGAUGAAUUAAGAAUCCUAACUAAGUGUAAGAUUUUAAAUAAUAUGAAUAGUUAUAUCGGUAAACAUAGAUCAAUUUUCCUAAAAUAGAUAAUUUAUAAUUCAAUGUAGAUUAAAAUAAAUCAAAUUUGAUUAAUGCAUAGAAUCUUCUUAAUAAUCCAUCCUCUGUAUCAUAGAUAUAUCCUACACAGUAUCAAUAGCCAAAUUCUCACUAAUAAAUAGCUUAAAGUUCUACUUAAUAACAUUAAACAUAAUAUGCAAUAUCACAAUAAUAACAAAUCUAAAUUUCAUAAUAAUAGUUGUCAUAAUAAAAUCCAAAUCCUGUUAGUUAGCCAACAAAACAAUAAUAAUAAUUGGAAGUUGAUACAUCUUACGAACGCUAUUUAAUGCAUAAAAGAGGAAGAAAUUGA